CGCCAUUUGUCAUACUGUUGUUAGUCCGGUCACCGUGCUCGUGGAAAUCUCCAGGCUUCCUUUUUUUCGCAGUUUCACCUCCAAGGCCGGGAUCGAGUGUGUCGGGAUAUCUUUCGUUAAGAGUUAAGAAAAAGAGGGACGAGACGAAAAACCGCCCGCCGUCGCCGGUGAAAAACGCAAAACUUCCUCUCGUGCGAUUUAAAAAAAAGAUUAGAUAUAUUAAAAGUAAAAAUUGAGGUCCGUGGCCUUAAGUAGUUAACCGCGAAGCGACGGAAAGGAGUUGUAAAGAUUGAGAGAGAGCGAGAGUGUGAAAGAAAAGCAAAAAUAAAAGCAGCGGAAGUUGAAAUAAAAAUAAAAAAAUAAAAAUCAGUAAAAAUUGCUAAGCUAGAGAGGUUGUCGUCGUCGUCGGUCGAGAUGCCGGGUUUUAGCAGCGCGGGCACGUUUAAGAUAUUCAUCGGCAACUUAGCCGAGAAGACUUCGAUCGGGGACAUCCGCCCGCUGUUCGAGAAGUACGGAAAGGUGGUUGAGUGCGAUGUCGUCAAGAACUACGGUUUCGUGCACAUGGAAAGCGAGGCGGAAGGGCGCGAAGCCAUCCAGAAUCUGAACGGGCAAACAAUGAACGGUCAGCCGAUAAAAUGCGAAGCGGCGAAGAGUCGAAAAGCGCCAACGACACCGACAACGAAAAUCUUCGUCGGCAACCUGACGGACAACACCAAAGCACCACAGAUUCGCGAGCUCUUUAAAAAGUUCGGGACGGUUGUCGAAUGCGACAUUGUAAGGAACUACGGUUUCGUGCACCUGGAGAGUAGCGGGGACGUAAACGAGGCGAUCAAAGAAUUGAACGGAACGUUGGUCGACGGUCAACCGAUGAAGGUCCAGAUAUCGACGAGCCGCGUCCGACAGAGGCCCGGAAUGGGCGACCCCGAACAGUGUUACCGUUGCGGCCGCGGUGGUCACUGGUCGAAGGAGUGCCCGAAAGGGAUGGGGCCCGAUCGGUUUAGGGAUCGGAUGUUCGGACGCGACCCGUACCCUCCCCCACCGCCGCCCCCGUUCCUGCGCGACCGGAUGAUGGGACGAUUUGGGGAUGGUUACGAUUACUACGAGAGACGUUUUGAUGAAUCUCGCGACCUUUACGAUCGACGUUACGCGGGUUUGGGGCCGCGCGGCGGCGAGAUCGGUCUGAGAGGGGCGCGUGGCGACUUUUUGCCGCCACCGUUGCCUCCUAGACGCGAACCGUUGCCGCCGAUGCCCUCAAUCGGUCUGAGAGGUGGCCCGCCUGGAAGUGGCGGAAGCAGCAUUGGUGCAAGUGCUGCAGCCGCCGCAGCCAUGCGUGGCGAGAGCGGGUAUGCCCGUGGCGCUGCCGCGGCCGCCGCCAGCGAUUAUGGAAUGUUCAGUAGACGAUCACCACCACCAUCAGGGACAAUUGCUAGUAGCAGGAGGAUGUAUGAAGAUUUUAGUAGAGAUUCGUUUGAUGAUAGGAGGCCUGGGAUGAGAGGACCGUCGCCUUCGAGGAGGUACGCGCCUUAUUAAUGGACUUUUUUUCUUGGACACACGGAGAUUUAUUAAUUUCUUUUUGUAUAAAAUUGUGGAAAUUUGUAAUCGUGGCGUAAAACAAAGCGAAAAAAAAUAUGGCCAUUAUUGCGUGUAAUACUUUCCAUUAGUUUUAGUGAAAUGAUUUGUAACUAUGCCAUGUUUGUUUUUGGUGUUUUUCUUUUUUUUUAUUAAUCGUUUUGCGUUUGAGCGACUAUUAAGAGUCUUGCUGAAAUUAAGGUUGUUUGAUGAGCUAAAUAUUUUUAGUAUUUCAUCCGUAAUGAGAUAUAAGGAAACGAAAUGACUUUGGUUUAUUAUUAUUAUUGCGUAAAUAGAGAUUUCUUUUUAUUUUAGGAAUAAAAAUUACUUAUAUAA